UUCAACGUUACGUUCAUUCUUUGGAGAUCAAAUAAAAUUUGUUCAUUCCGCAAGUUUUAAACACGGAUAUAAAGUUGUUGCUUUGUUCUGUUUAUAUGAUAAUUUAACCAUCAACGUUUACCUCAUCUCAUACCACAUGCAAAACUAUGUCUGUAAGACGAUUUUCCUUUUUCCUAUACAUGCUUUGUCCAUUCAUCAUUCAAGUUGGAACCAAAAAUGUCACGUGCCCUGCCUCAUGUGAAUGCGACACUUUCUUUGGAAAAAAAGAAGUAGGUUGUGCUAACCUCACUGAUGUUCCGUCAAAUAUUCCCGAGGACACCAAUUUGCUAGAUUUAAGUGGGUGUAAUAUAUCCCACAUUCAUAUUCAGCCGCUGGAAAAGCUCUUCAAAUUACAAAUCUUCACCUUUCAGGAAAUAAAUACAAAUGAUGAGAAUUACAAUCUUACAGCCUUGGACUUGCCACUUCUGAAUGAAAUAGUCGUCGAUGGCGGCGUUUCAACUUCUAUCCCACAGCUGUUACCAUCUUAUAUUGGUACGCUUAGUGUUGCAUAUAACAAUCUAGGAACACUAAAGUCUGGUAGUUUUAAGAACUACCCAAACUUAGAAACGUUAUUAUUGUGGGACUGUAUGUUAAUGAAAUUAGAAGCUGGUGUGUUGGAUAAUAUUCCUUCUCUUUCAACACUUGAGUUUAAUAGAAACAAUCUAAAAGAUGACAGUUUUCCGUUGGGCGUAUUCAAGAAAAACCAAGCACUUGACUCUGUUUCAUUUUUUGCAAAUGAAUUGAAACACGUAGUGUCCAAUCUUCCAAGUUCUGUUACAAGUGUCGAUUACAGCGCCAAUACCAUAUUUGAGCUUCGAGCUUACGACUUCAAAUCUACGCCGAAUCUGAUAUACCUGUAUCUUCAACAGAAUAUGAUUAACCAGUUGAAGGACUUUACGUUUGCCGGCUUAACUUCACCUUUAGAGCUGAAUUUGUCAUAUAACUGGAUAACAGCCAUUGCCAAAGAUGCAUUCAAAUCAUUACAAUCAAGCAAGAUUGACCUCAGUUUUAAUAAGUUACAAAGUCUUCAAGCUGAGGUUUUCUCUCAUCUUACAAGCAGUGCUAAUGUAAAUCUGGGUGGCAACUUGUGGAAUUGUGAUUGUCACCUAAGAUGGUUGAGAGAAGCACUAGACAAUGCCACUUAUACCAUUGAGCUUCCGUACACUCUUAAAUGUGCAACACCAGUCAAGCUCGCAGGAAAGUCUUUCAUUGAUCUUAAACCAAGCGAUUUUGUGUGUAUGUAGGACAAAAUUUCAUUAUUCAAAUAGAUAUUUUAUAUUUCAAAUUUGAGCAGACUUUUAUAUGUAAAUUGCUUAAUCAGAUAAUAAUUAUGUACUAGACACACGGAUUAGAAAACAUUGUUCAAUGUUUCAUACUUCAUUUAUUAUUUUACGCUUUCCAGUCGGAGAGACAAGAGGCAAUCUUCAUAACGUAAAAUAUCUCUUUUUUCCGAACCACAUUUUGAAUGUGU